AUGGCUGCCGCACAGGAGCGACAGCUCGAGCAGGAUAGCAUCGCCAAGAAGCUGGCCUUCAUCGAUUCGAAGGUUGCCACUGGGCAGUCUAUCGGCGAUGGCUAUGCUCCUCUAGCACUUUGCGACUGGGAGGCGACUUUUCAGGAGGUCGAGGAGCCGCAGCCGGCUCUGACCAUCAGUCCUGCAUCUGAGACAUGGCAAGCCCACGGCGACGACGAAAGCUGU